AUGAAUGCCCAAAUGAACCCCAACGGCAAUGACAUCGACAGUGACCUUGACUCGCUUUACGAUCCAUUUGGAGAGGAAGUAGAUUGCCCAGAUGACCAAGAUGUCUCGGACUCAGCGUCAUCCGCCGACUCAGACACCUCAGACACGGCCGGUUCUGUGGACCCGCAAGCUCGGCUUCUUGAAGACCUCGAGUCCGACCUGAACAGCCUCACCCUCGAAGCCGAAACGAUCCUGUCCCGCCAACCGAGAAGCACUCAACUCAUCCUCGCCCGGGAAACAAAGGGUCUAUUCAAGGGCUACGAGAAGUACGGCUCUAUGGCUCGCUUGAGAGUCGGAAUUGAGAAAUUUCUCCGCCUGGGGGACGAAAGAGGCAGACUACGCAUCGAAGACGACAAGAACGACGAGAACGACACUCGGUCUUUGACACUCCAGCCAACACGGCCCAAGCGACGAGCUCAUUACGGCGAAGCCUUCAUGCUCAACUUCACCUCCGACGACGAUGCCCCGAAAUUCAAUGCCGAGACCGACUUCAUCACCCCUCCCAUCAAAGACCCCUUCAAUCCCAAUCCGAACAGCUACAUCCAUCACCCUCUCCGCAUCGUCGACCCCGACUCCAUCCCCUACGUGACAACCCUGCCGUGGGACCCCAUCGCCACGAAGAUGACAUGGCCCGCCCAUCUGGCCUGGCCGCGUGGGUUCCUCAGCGCCAUCAACAAGAUCCUCAGCAUUGUGGACCAGGAAUCCCGUGUUCGACUCUUCCAUCACGUCACGAAAUGGGGUCCCAGCCCGGUCUUCCGCGCAGGCAUAGCCGAGCACGUGAAGGCCCAGUACUCGACCAUCUUCGAGACAGCCGAAGAAAACUCCCUAGGAUUGACGCCCGAGACGAGAUCGUUCCUGCGGGACAUAUACUUCAAGAAACAGUACCUCAACACUGCAGAACGGAGGAUGUUGGCUCUCUCAUGCAGGAUCAACGAGGAAUCGGUGAAGCUUUUCUGGGAGGAUACGGCAAUGCAGUUGAAGGGGUAUGGGGCGAUGCGUACGUUCAUGGCCGCCAGGGAGAUUGAGAAACAUCGCGAAGCGAGGAAGAAGUUCGAGGGUGAGGCGCGGCUCAAGGAACAGAAGCGGAGGGAAGAGGUCAGGAAAGAGCAUGAGAGGCGGAUACUCGAAUUGCAGGCUGGACGUGCUGACCCCUACGCUCUCCUCUACUACCAGGUUGACGGCGACGCGAACAUGCAGCAUGCGGGCAGGGACAAGGCCAAGGACGGAAGUCUGGACGUCAGGACAUCGAAAGAGGAGAAUACCAUGGGCGCAAGCAUGUCGAGAUGA